AUGGCCGACACUCAAGGGAUGGAAGAUCUCUUUUACAACGAGUGCUUAAAAGCAGGAAAUAACGGAUACAUUGAGGUGUUUCAAGUCAGAGGCGAACUUAUUUAUAAGGCAUUAAAGAAAGAAGAUGUUGGAAAAGCAGGCGCAUUACAUGGAGAGGAACAAGUUGUAUACAACACAAUUCGAUCUUCUGGAAACGAGGGCAUUUGGACAAAACAUUUGAAAGCAAAGACAAAUCUACAUGAGGCUGUGAUCAAAAGAUGUUUAAGAGUGCUGGAGCAGAAAGCACUUGUUAAGGCUAUAAAAUCAGUCAAACAUCCAACCAGGAAAUUGUACAUGUUAAUGGAGUUGACACCCUCUGUCGAAGUCACGGGAGGACCAUGGUUUACAGAUCAAGAAUUGGAUGUGGAUUUUGUUGAGCAGUUGACGUAUCAGUGUUACAAGUUUAUUCUUAUAAAGUCGUAUCCAAGAGACUCUAGUUCGAUCUAUACACCAUCUCAUAAAGCUUAUCCUUCUGCCGCAGCUGUUCGCAAGCAUAUCAUGGAAAAGAGGAUUAGUCAAGUGGAUUUGAGUGUGGAUGAUAUCACGAUGUUAUUGGAUGUUCUAGUGUACGAUGGCAAGGUUGAGCGGUUUAUGGCACAAGUAGAUGAAGAUUGGGAUGAUGAAGACGGAGAUACAGAAUCGGAUUGGGUUUAUAAGGCUAUACGGGAUAAGAAGGUUGAGUCUGCAUGGCAGGACUGUCCCUGUGGUGUGUGUCCUGUUGCUGAUUUCUGCACGGAGGAUGGGCCUGUCAAUCCUGCAGGCUGUGCCUAUUAUGCAAAAUGGCUUGAUUUGGAUUUCUGA